ACAAUGUUGCUAUAGCCUUCAACAGCAAAGUAAUGGCACUUUGAAAGUGAUGCCAUUUAAUGAUGCUUGAUGCAAUAUUUACGUUUUCCCCACUCAGGAGGAAGCUCUGGACGCUUGGAAUUACUUAGUACUGCGGCGGUGAUAAGAGGGAUUUAGACUCGCAUUCUCUUUUUGUAUUCCCGUUCCUGCUAUCCCUGACCAUCCGUAGCAGCGCUGAGGUCUCUUUUCCGAGCAUUCACUCCCAGCUGUCCCGCUGGAGAACCAUCCCCAUGCGCACGCGCGCUCUGCGGUGGAAGCCAUGUUAAAGUUACAGUGAAGUUGGGGCUGUGAUUUUCUGACGCUGUAUUUUUGUUUGUUUCUAUUUGCCUUAUAAACGAAUUACUCGACGUCUCUUAGCGUAAAUAUCAGAAUCAGAAACGGGAGUUCAAAUGAUGAAUUCCAGUUUCGACCUCUCCAGGAGGAAUCCACAGGAGGAUUUCGAGCUGAUUCAAAGGAUAGGAAGCGGCACCUAUGGAGAUGUCUACAAGGCUCGCAAUGUCAACACUGGGGAGCUGGCAGCCAUUAAAGUCAUUAAGCUGGAACCUGGGGAAGACUUUGCAGUUGUGCAGCAAGAGAUUGUGAUGAUGAAGGACUGUAAACAUUCAAACAUUGUGGCAUAUUUUGGCAGCUAUCUUAGGAGAGAUAAGUUAUGGAUUUCUAUGGAGUAUUGUGGAGGAGGAUCACUACAGGACAUUUAUCAUGUAACUGGACCUUUGUCAGAAUCGCAAAUAGCAUAUGUUUCACGGGAAACAUUACAGGGUUUGAACUAUCUUCAUAGUAAAGGAAAAAUGCACAGAGACAUUAAGGGAGCAAAUAUUCUCUUAACAGAUAAUGGUUAUGUGAAACUAGCUGACUUUGGAGUAUCUGCACAGAUAACAGCCACGUUGGCCAAAAGGAAAUCCUUCAUCGGCACGCCAUACUGGAUGGCACCAGAGGUAGCUGCUGUGGAGAGGAAGGGUGGAUACAACCAGCUAUGUGACAUCUGGGCAGUCGGGAUAACUGCUAUUGAGCUGGCAGAACUUCAGCCCCCGAUGUUUGACUUGCAUCCAAUGAGGGCAUUAUUCCUGAUGACGAAAAGCAGCUUUCAGCCACCUAAACUGAAAGACAAAAUUAAAUGGACAAACAAUUGUCACCAUUUUGUUAAAAUGGCCCUGAUAAAAAAUCCUAAGAAAAGGCCAACAGCUGAAAAACUGCUGCAGCAUCCAUUUGUAACACAGCCUUUGAGUCGAACUCUUGCCAUUGAGCUGCUGGAUAAAGCAAGCAAUCCAGACCACAGUACUUUCCACGACUUUGAUGAUGAUGAUCCAGAGUUUAAAUAUUUUGGGAUCUUUUCUCCCGUUUCGCCUCUUUCACGGCGAGCCCCACGUUUUGCCGCCCGUCUGAAGCCUCCUGUUGGUGUACCUCACAGAAUUCACUCAACAAGUAGAAACGCGAGGGAAGAGAAGACACGCUCCGAGAUAAACUUUGGACAGGUUAAAUUUGAUCCCCCUUUGAGAAAGGAAACUGAGCCACACCAUGAACUCCCCGACACUGACGAUUUUUUGGACUGUUCAGAAGAAAUAUACUACACUGCAAGAUCUAAUCUGGAUCUUCAUUUAGAAUAUGGACAAGGGCACUUUGGAGGAAAUAAGAGCCUUCUGAAAUCGGUGGAAGAGGAACUUCACCAGCGGGGACAUGUGGCACAUUUAGAGGAUGAUGAUGGUGAUGAUGAUGAAACUCAACAACCCACUAUCUCAACUUUGAAACCGAAAGUGCCACCACCACUGCCACCGAAGCCGAAAUCUAUCUACAUCCCCCAUGAGAGUCACCAUCCUGUUGAGGAAGACAACCAGGGAACCAUUAAGCGAUGCCCUGCUUCGGAGAGCCCUGCCAGGCCAGCUUCCCAUUGUCCUCCCAGGCCCCCUCCUCCCAGGCUCCCCCUACACAAACUCAGCAGCCUAGGCAAUGGAGUGAAUGCAUCACAAAUAAAUGGAGAGCAAGAAGGCUCUCUCCAACAGCCAGGUGCAAAACAAGCUACAAUGCCUCCUGUUGUCCCUUUAAGGAAAGACAAAAAGGAGUUACCGGUAACACUAAAUAAACCGGUAAGCAAUGGUUUGCCGCCAACUCCAAAAGUGCAUAUGGGUGCGUGUUUCUCUAAGGUAUUUAAUGGGUGUCCAUUAAAAGUCCAUUGUGCUACAUCAUGGAUUAAUCCAGACACAAGAGACCAGUAUUUGAUAUUUGGUGCAGAAGAAGGCAUUUACACCUUAAACUUAAACGAGCUUCAUGAGACGUCCAUGGAACAGCUUUUUCCACGAAGGUGUACAUGGCUGUAUGUAAUGAAUAAUUGUUUACUUUCAAUAUCUGGGAAAGCUUCCCAGCUUUACUCUCAUAAUUUGAUAGGUCUUUUUGAAUAUGCUCGGCAGAUGCAGAAAUUGCCUGUUGCCAUUCCUACACACAAGCUUCCAGACCGAAUUCUUCCCAGGAAGUUUGCAGUAUCCACAAAAAUUCCAGACACAAAGGGUUGCCAAAAGUGUUGCGUGGUGAGGAAUCCUUACACAGGACACAAAUACCUUUGUGGAGCUUUUCAGUCUAGUAUUGUUCUAUUGGAAUGGGUUGAACCAAUGCAGAAGUUUAUGCUGAUCAAGCACAUAGAUUUCCCCUUGCCUUGUCCACUGGAGGUCUUUGAAAUGCUAGUUGUUCCCGAGCAAGAAUACCCUUUUAUCUGCGUUGCUGUCAGUAAAGGAACGGAGUUCAACCAGGUGGUGCGGUUUGAGAAUGUCAACCCCACCUCCACCUCUUCAUGGUUUACAGAAACAGAUACACCACAAUCUUGUGUAAUUCAUGUCACCCAGCUGGAAAGAGACACAAUUUUAGUCUGCCUUGAUCGGUGUAUAAAAAUAGUGAAUUUACAAGGAAGGUUAAAAUCCAGCAGAAAGCUGUCUGCAGAGCUAACGUUUAAUUUCCAAAUAGAGGCAAUAGUUUGCCUCCAGGACAGUGUAUUGGCAUUUUGGAAGCAUGGUAUGCAAGGAAGAAGCUUCAAGUCAAGCGAGAUCACCCAGGAGAUAUCUGAUAAUACAAGAAUCUUCAAGCUCUUAGGUUCUGACAGAGUGGUGGUGUUGGAAAGCAGGCCCACCGACAACCCUGCAGCCAACAGCAAUCUGUAUAUCUUGGCAGGGCAUGAAAACAGUUACUGAUUCAUUUUGCAUGGCAAGAAGCAAUGAAGCUCAAACAGAAUGGAGUCAAGCAGACACUACUGCUUCAGCAUCUAUGAAUGCUUGGAAUUUUACUACAAUUACAGCUGCUUUUUUCAGGUUGCUUUGGAUUCCGUUUUUAUAUUUAUUGUGGCGUGUAAGAAAGAAGCAAGCAGAGGACAUUUUAAUUAAGUGUUGCCACCACUUCUAGUAUCUUCCGUUUACCACACAAGUGCUUAAUUUGCUUAUAUGUAAUCUUUGUACAUAAAUGUGUAGUAUUUUUUGGAGCAAGUUACUUCAUGUGAUUGAAGUUGUACACUAAGACUUAAUGUAGAUAGUACUGCAUAUAUGUUGUACAGGUGUCCUAACUGCAGAUGUAAAGGUGUGAGUGAUGCAAAUAGUAAAUGGGGUGCUACUUUAAGGGCAUGUCUCGGGGGUUCACUUUGGGUACAGCUUUAAAGUAUUCAGCAGAAAAGAAUAGCAAUGUGCCCAUCUUACUAACACUGAUGUAUUUAUCAUGUGAUCUAGUGCUUCAAAUGCAAACUUUUAACCAUGUAUGUUUUAUUCCAAGCCAUUCUAUAUUUUAAUUGCUUGUAUUUUUAAUGCUGAGGCAUAUACACUGGUGUUUUAAAUUUGCACAAAAGUGUGUGUGUGUGUAUAUAUAUAUAUAUAUAUAUAUACCGGUCAAAAGUUUUAGAACAACUCAAUU